CUACUGCAUGUGAGAAUUGAGAAAUGCAAAUCGACAACAUCAUCCAAACAUUAGGCGACGCAUCAACGACAAUCUUUUUUAGAUCCACGUGUCCCUAAAAUGUAAAAACAAACCAAAACCAACGGCUGUGAUUUGUUAGAUGGUCUUACUUUGACCAAAUCCAACCAAUUGACAAGUUUUAAAAUGCUAUUAAAAACCAAAAGAUGAGAGAAAGUCCAUAAAUACUAAACAAGGGCUCCUCUUUGAUCUCUCCCAUAAUAAUAAGAAGAAGAUGGCCAACUCUAACAACGACUGGUCUCAAUUCUACAACAACCAAACCUUCUUCACCACCGCAACCUCCACCGUCACAACCACCACCACCACCGCCACGUCAGCUGAUUCUCCUCUGAGUCCGGAUAAUCGCCGUGUUGCAAAGCCAACACGUCGGAGAUCUAGAGCCUCACGUCGUACACCUACUACACUUUUCAACACCGACACAGCCAACUUCAGAGCCAUGGUGCAACAAUUCACCGGCGGUCCAUCCGCCGUUGCGUUCGGGUCUUCGCCGUCGUCUGGUUUUAGUCUCACCUCGUCUGAUCCCACUGCCGGAGUAUCUUCCUCUCCUUGGCAAUACGCUAAUUUGCAGAACCAAAUGGCUCAUAACGAGCUAAUGCAACAACAGCGACCGUACAUGUUUUCGUCGUCAAACAACGUGAGCACUCUUAGCUAUCCUAACGCAGUGGCUACCGAUGGUUUUGUGGGGGCGGAGGAGAGUAGAGAGGGUGGUGGAGGAGGAGGAGGAGGUUAUGCUCCGUCGUCGGAGAGGAAUAGCAAUACUACCUAUUCCGAGGAAAAAACGGUAUAUUAUUCUUAGAAAUGUUCUUUUUCUAGUUUUUUACCUAUUCCGAGGAAAAAAAACAUAAAGGAAGAAAUGUUAGGUAUACUGACUUUGUUUGUAGCAGAAUGAAAACUUUGACUAUUGUAAUUUUCUUUAGUUGUUUAUUGUUUUUCAUAUUUUGAGGACUUGUGGACGGAUAAAUUAAAUAAACUUAAUAGAAUUAUACGAUUCAAUUAGAGAUAAAAUGCGGUAUGGUUUUAAUAACGC